AUGGAAGGGGGAAUACAAAAUGGACCUGAAAUUCAGAUUGGUGACUGGAAAGCUACUAAUGGUGUCAUAGAAAUAUUUCCAACUGUGAUACGUUCUAGUAUCACAAAAAGGUGGGAAACUGCACUUCACAUUGCAGUAGCCGCAAAACGCAUUCACUUUGUGGAGGAGUUGGUGGGACUGAUGAAUCCUGAAGACUUGGAACUUCAAAACAGUAAUGGGAACACUGCCCUAUGUUUUGCGGUUACUAAUGGAACUGUGAGAAUUGUUGAAGUGGUGAUUAACAAGAACGAACACGUGCCAAUGAUCCGUGGUAGCCAGGGAAUGACACCACUGUACAUGGCUUCUUUGUUAGGACAUAGUGACAUGGUAUGGUAUCUCUACCAAAAGACUAACGCUGUUUUUGGUUGA